AUGGGCUCGGGCUCGGGCUCGGGCACGGGCUCCGGCAGGGCGCCGGCGGUGCGCGUGCGGGUGCGGGUGCCCUUGCACGGCGGUGGCGGGGGCCGCGCGCUGGCUGCGGGCGCGUCGCUGCUGCUGCUGCUGCUGCUGGGCUGCUGGGCGGAGCUGGGCAGCGGGCUGGAGUUCCCGGGCACCGAGGGCCAGUGGACGCGCUUCCCCAAGUGGAACGCGUGCUGCGAGAGCGAGCUGAGCUUCGAGCUGAAGACGCGCAGCGCGCGCGGCGGCCUCGUGCUCUACCUGGACGACGAGGGCUUCUGCGACUUCCUGGAGCUGGCGCUGACGCGCGGCGGCCGCCUGCAGCUCAGCUUCUCCAUCUUCUGCGCCGAGCCCGCCACGCUGCUGGCCGACACGCCCGUCAACGACGGCGCGUGGCACCGCGUGCGCCUGCGCCGCCACUUCCGCAACACCACGCUGCUCGUGGACGGCGCCGAGGCCAAGUGGGUGGAGGUGCGCUCGCGCCGCCGCGACAUGACCGUCUUCAGCGCGCUCUUCGUGGGCGGCCUGCCGCCCGAGCUGCGCGCCGCCGCCAACGCGCUCAAGCUCACGCUGGCCGCCGUGCGCGAGCGCGAGCCCUUCCGCGGCUGGAUCCGACGCGUGACGGUCGACGCCGCGCCCGCGCGCCCGCUCGACGCCGGCCUCGUGCGCAUGAGCGACGAGCCGCCGGCAGGGGGCGGUGGCGGCGGGCCGGGAGCGGCGGGCCCAUGCGAGGAGAGCGACCGCGGCGGCGGCGUGUGCCUCAACGGCGGCGUGUGCUCCGUGGUGGACGACCAGGCCGUGUGCGACUGCUCCAGGACCGGCUUCCGCGGCAAGGACUGCAGCCAAGAAGACAACAAUGUGGAAGGUCUGGCGCACCUGAUGAUGGGCGACCAAGGUAAAAGUAAAGGAAAAGAAGAAUAUAUUGCCACAUUCAAAGGAUCUGAAUACUUCUGCUAUGACUUGUCUCAAAACCCCAUUCAAAGCAGCAGCGAUGAAAUCACACUGUCCUUUAAAACUCUUCAGAGGAACGGACUGAUGCUUCACACGGGGAAAUCAGCCGAUUAUGUCAACCUUGCCUUGAAAAAUGGAGCUGUCUCUCUGGUCAUUAAUUUGGGAUCAGGGGCCUUUGAAGCACUAGUGGAGCCCGUGAAUGGAAAGUUUAAUGAUAAUGCCUGGCAUGAUGUGAAAGUCACCAGGAAUUUGCGUCAGCACUCAGGCAUUGGACACGCUAUGGUCACUAUAUCAGUGGACGGCAUUCUGACCACCACGGGCUACACGCAAGAAGAUUAUACCAUGCUGGGCUCCGAUGACUUUUUCUAUGUUGGAGGCAGCCCCAGCACAGCAGACCUCCCCGGGUCACCAGUCAGUAACAACUUUAUGGGCUGUCUGAAAGAGGUGGUGUAUAAAAAUAAUGAUGUCCGGCUGGAAUUAUCUCGACUUGCCAAACAAGGAGACCCUAAGAUGAAGAUCCAUGGAGUAGUGGCAUUUAAGUGUGAAAAUGUUGCAACGUUAGACCCAAUCACUUUUGAAACACCAGAGUCUUUCAUCUCUCUACCUAAGUGGAACGCUAAGAAAACAGGCUCCAUAUCAUUUGAUUUUCGAACAACUGAGCCAAAUGGCCUCAUCUUAUUUAGCCAUGGCAAGCCAAGACACCAGAAAGAUGCCAAGCACCCGCAGAUGAUAAAGGUUGACUUUUUUGCUAUCGAGAUGCUAGAUGGCCACCUGUACCUCCUCUUGGACAUGGGGUCAGGUACCAUCAAAAUAAAAGCCCUGCAGAAGAAAGUGAAUGAUGGAGAAUGGUACCACGUGGACUUCCAACGCGAUGGACGGUCAGGUACCAUUUCUGUCAACACGCUGCGCACGCCCUACACUGCUCCGGGUGAGAGCGAGAUCUUGGACCUGGACGACGAGCUGUACCUGGGGGGAUUGCCGGAAAACAAGGCCGGCCUGGUCUUCCCCACCGAGGUGUGGACUGCCCUGCUCAACUAUGGCUACGUGGGCUGCGUCCGGGACCUGUUCAUCGACGGCCAGAGCAAAGACAUCCGGCAAAUGGCCGAAGCGCAGAGCACCGCCGGCGUGAAGCCCUCGUGCUCGCGGGAGGCCGCAAAACCGUGCCUUAGCAAUCCCUGCAAGAACAACGGCCUGUGCAGGGACGGCUGGAACAGAUACGUCUGCGACUGCUCGGGAACCGGCUACCUCGGCAGAUCCUGCGAGAGAGAGGCCACGGUUCUGAGCUACGACGGCAGCAUGUUUAUGAAAAUCCAGCUUCCCGUGGUGAUGCACACUGAGGCUGAGGAUGUGUCCCUGAGGUUCAGAUCCCAGCGUGCCUACGGCGUCCUGAUGGCGACCACCUCCAGGGACUCAGCGGACACCCUCCGCCUGGAGCUGGACGCAGGGCGUGUGAAACUCACGGUCAACCUAGAUUGUAUCAGGAUUAACUGUAAUUCCAGCAAAGGUCCCGAGACCCUUUUUGCUGGCUAUAACCUCAAUGAUAAUGAGUGGCACACAGUGCGUGUAGUCCGUCGAGGAAAAAGUUUAAAGUUGACAGUGGACGAUCAACAAGCCAUGACAGGGCAAAUGGCAGGCGACCAUACAAGGCUGGAGUUUCAUAACAUAGAGACGGGCAUCAUUACAGAGCGGCGGUACCUUUCUUCUGUCCCCUCCAACUUCAUUGGGCAUCUGCAGAGCCUGACCUUUAAUGGAAUGGCAUACAUCGACCUGUGUAAAAAUGGUGACAUAUAUUACUGUGAGCUCAACGCCAGAUUUGGCUUUAGGAACAUCAUAGCAGAUCCUGUCACCUUCAAGACCAAAUCAAGCUAUGUUGCCUUAGCUACGUUGCAAGCCUACACGUCUAUGCAUCUUUUUUUCCAGUUCAAGACCACAUCCCUAGACGGACUCAUCCUAUAUAACAGUGGGGAUGGAAAUGACUUUAUUGUGGUCGAGUUAGUUAAAGGGUAUUUACAUUAUGUGUUCGAUUUGGGAAAUGGUGCUAACCUCAUCAAAGGAAGCUCAAAUAAGCCACUCAACGACAAUCAGUGGCACAAUGUGAUGAUUUCACGGGACACCAGCAACCUGCACACUGUCAAGAUCGACACGAAGAUCACAACGCAAAUCACGGCAGGGGCCAGGAACUUAGAUCUCAAGACAAGCAUGGCCUACCAGACCUGACUGUGCACCUCUGACCAACUCAAGCCCUCACUUGGAUUUUGGAUGCUAACACUACAAACUCAGAAAAGCGCAUCUGAUUAGAGCAUGAUGUCUUUCUGAGGCCAGGAUGUGGGACAGAUUACAAGGUCACAUUGUGCAA